AUGCAAGAGUAUCCAGCGCAUGCAUCACCGGCCUUUACGCCCAUUGCCUCACCACACCCUACAUCAGCCCGCGAGCGAACAGUCUCAUAUCUCAAGCUCAGCCAUGACGAUGAACAUAAUAAUAAUGCCCCUCCUCCACCACUCAUAAGUCCCGCCUUCACGCCACCGCAAACGCCCUUCCACGAUGACUCUACGGGACAACGGCACGACAGACAACCCCGGAGUAUACCAGUCUCCUCCCCGACCGACUCCGAACGACAACCCAAUCUUCUCCCCCAACUUCCCCACGUCGAAUGCCAAGUCCGCGCCCGCAUUCCCACGACCACCGGGCAGGAGAUGUUCCUCCAUCUCUAUCACAACAGCGCCGACGAAAAAGAACACCUCGCCAUAGUCUUCGGCCCGCACAUACGGAGUAAAAGCCUCGAUGCGCCGAGACCGGGUGAGACGGAGCGGGAUCGAAUGAUCAGAGGUGCGUAUGUCGGGACGCUCUUUCCCGGCCGAACGCAUAGCCGCGUGGAGCAGAUACGGCAGGAGUCUGGUGCGGCAGCGAAGAAGACGGGUGGGAGACCAUCAGCGGGGUAUCUGAGUGGCUUGAAUGGACCUGGGCAGGGCCCGCCAAGUCCGACGAUGUCGAGUGAUGUCUCAGCGGAAGGAGGAAUAGAUUCAUCGUAUCCGGAGGAGCUAGGUCCACCAAUGGUCAGAAUUCACAGCGAAUGCUACACCGGCGAAACCGUCUGGUCCGCCCGCUGCGACUGCGGAGAACAGCUAGACGAAGCGGCACGAUUAAUGUCCCUCCCCGCACCCACCCCAAUCACUACGCCCAGCAGCGAGAACGGAGAACAGCCUUUACCUCCGAGCAAACUCCCCUCCUGCGGCGGUGUAAUAAUCUACCUCCGUCAAGAAGGCCGGGGCAUCGGCCUCAAAGAGAAACUAAAAGCCUACAACCUCCAGGAUCUCGGCCACGAUACAAUGGAAGCCAACAUCCUCCUCCGGCACCCAGGCGAUGCACGCUCCUACGGUCUCGCAACAGCCAUGCUAAUGGACCUCGGACUAGACGGUGAGCGAGGGAUCAAACUACUGACGAAUAACCCCGAGAAAGUGCGGGCGGUGGAGGGACCGAAUCGGGAGGUGAGGGUGGUGGAACGGGUCCCUAUGAUUCCGUUGGCGUGGAAGACGGGUGGGAAGGAAGGGGUGCAGGGGGUAGAGGUGGAGAGGUAUAUCAGUACGAAGAUUGAGAAGUUCAAGCAUAUGUUCUCUAGUGGAUGA